AAGUGAAAGGCAAGCUGUGAUUCAGCUGUUAUGAAGACUUUGCAAACAAAAAAGAGUGAUCUGUUUUGCAGCAGACUAUUAUUUCUGCCAGAGCCCACAGACUGAAAUACCAAAAGAGGGAUUUCUCCAAGACAUUGCCAUCAUACAUAUUAGAUUUUCAAAACAAGAACAAUUUUAAAUUAUUUGGCCUAGCAGGUCCCCACCAGGCGAACCUCAAACCUUGGGAGCUAUGGAGUUACUGUAAGGUAGCCACACAAGAAAACGCCAUGAAAGAUAAUGAUAUCAAGAGACUACUGUAUACUCAUCUUUUGUGUGUAUUUUCAAUUAUCCUAAGUGUCUUCAUUCCAUCAUUCUUCUUGGAGAACUUCUCAAUACUGGAAACACAUUUGACAUGGUUGUGCAUCUGUUCUGGUUUUGUGACUGCUGUCAAUCUAGUGUUAUAUUUUGUAGUGAAACCAAAUGCAUCCUAUAAAAGAAGUUCAUUAUCACACAAGGUAACCAGAUUCUUGAAAUGCUGUAUCUACUUUCUUAUGUCUUGUUUCACCUUUCAUAUAAUUUUUGUUCUGUAUGGAGCACCACUAAUAGAGUUGGUGUUGGAAACAUUUUUAUUUGCAGUCAUCUUAUCUACUUUUACUACUAUACCUUGUUUAUGUUUGUUAGGACCAAACCUCAAAGCAUGGCUAAGAGUUUUCAGUAGAAAUGGAGUUACAUCCAUUUGGGAGAAUAGUCUCCAGAUCACUACGAUUUCUAGUUUUGUAGGAGCAUGGCUUGGAGCACUUCCUAUUCCACUGGACUGGGAAAGACCAUGGCAGGUAUGGCCCAUCUCCUGUACGCUUGGAGCAACCUUUGGCUACGUGGCUGGCCUUGUUACUUCACCACUCUGGAUAUACUGGAAGAGAAAGCAACUUACGUACAAGAGCAAUUAGUUGGAGCAAAGGGAGAAGAUACUUCUUUGUGCAGAUUCCAUAUGGGCGGUGCAGAAAUGUAUGUGGUCAAAGGCAAGCAGCUCCAUUUACAGCACUGUUUUUUAUGUAGUAAUAUGAUGUGAUUGUAGCUUUUUAAACUAUGAAACCCCUGAGAGAUUGUACCUUCUAGUUGAAAUAAAGUAUUUAUAAUAGA